AAAAAUUCCACAUCACACCCCGCCACCAAGUUCGACUCACAGUAACCUGUGAGAGGUGCUCAGUGACGAUGGCACCAAUUGAGCUUGCCAGUCGAUCAGGAGGCGCCGCGAGGCGGCUUCUGACUCGCACGCGACCAUGCCUUUCCGCAUCCUCGAGCCUGCCGAUUAGGAGGACAUUCGCGACCGCUCAGGACGUUGAGCAGCAAGACGCUGAGAUGCGCAAGCUGCUCCCCAAGUCUAUCAAGCCCAACACGUACCGCAGACUUCACGACAACCUACUCAAGGUCCGCCAUGUCCUCGGACAGCAGCGCCUCACCCUCGCCGAGAAGAUCCUGUACAGUCAUCUGGACAACGUCGAGGACUCGCUUCUCACGAACACGGACAAUGGACGCAACAUCCGCGGCAGUGCCAACCUCAAGCUGAACCCGGACCGAGUCAACAUGCAAGAUGCAUCGGCACAGAUGGCGCUGUUGCAGUUCAUGUCCUGCAACCUUGCGAAGCCUGCGAUUCCUGCCAGCAUCCACUGUGACCACUUGAUUGUGGGAUCCAAGGGCGCCGAGAGCGAUUUGACGGACGGCAUCAGCGUGAACAAGGAGGUGUUCGACUUCCUCGAGUCUGCCGGACGCAAGUAUGGCAUGGACUUCUGGCCCCCUGGUGCAGGCAUUAUUCACCAGACGGUUUUGGAGGUUUACGCUCUUCCCGGCAUCAUGAUGUUGGGAACUGACAGCCACAGCCCUAACGCUGGCGGUCUUUCUACCAUUACUAUCGGAGUUGGUGGUGCCGAUGCCGUGGAGGCGCUUGUCGGUGCUCCUUGGGAGCUGAAGGCCCCUCGUGUGCUCGGAGUCAAGCUGACCGGCAAGCUCAACGACUGGGUGUCCCCCAAGGACGUUAUUCUCAACCUGGCCGGCAAGUUGACUGUGCGCGGCGGAACCGGAUUUAUCGUUGAGUAUUUCGGCGAGGGCGUUGAGACUCUUAGCGCUACCGGAAUGGCCACCAUUUGCAACAUGGGUGCCGAAGUCGGCGCUACGACCUCCAUCUUCCCCUACACGGCCGCUUCUGAACGCUACCUCCUUCAAACCCGCAGACAAGCCGAACACAAGGCGCUGGAUGCAUACAAGAAGUGGUCAGCCUUUAACUUCAGAGCCGACGAGGAUGCCCACUAUGACCAGGUCAUUGAGAUCAACCUUUCCGAGCUCGAGCCCCACAUCAACGGCCCCUUCACCCCCGACUUGGCUACCCCCUUGUCCGCUUUCAAGGAGACCAUCCAGACUGAGCAAUGGCCUGAAGUUUUGUCCGCCGGUCUUAUUGGCAGCUGCACCAACAGCUCCUACGAGGACAUGACCAAGGUCGAGAGCAUGGUCAAGCAGGCCGAGAAGGCCGGCUUGAAGCCCAAGGCACCCUUCUACAUCACCCCUGGAAGCGAGCAGAUUCGCGCAACUCUUGAGCGCGAUGGUACUCUGAAGACUCUGGAGGGUGCUGGAGGUAUCGUUCUCUCCAAUGCUUGCGGCCCAUGCAUCGGCCAGUGGAAGCGUCAGGACGACAUCCCCAAGGGUCAGCUGAACGCUAUCCUGACCUCGUACAACCGUAACUUCAAGGGCCGGAACGACGGCAACCCCGGUACCAUGAACUUCCUCGCCUCCCCUGAGAUCGUCACCGCCAUGGCCUACGCUGGUGCGACCACCUUCAACCCCAUGACGGACAAGUUGCAGACCCCCGACGGAAAGGAGUUCAAGUUCGAGGCUCCCCGCGGCCUGGAGAACCCCAAAACCCCCUUCGAGUCCGGCGUCGCGUCCCUCCAGUCCAUCUCGCCCGAUGAGCCCAACGCCGACGUCAAGAUUGCCAUCGCCCCGACUUCGGAGCGUCUCGCCUUCCUCGAGCCCUUUGCGCCCUUCCCCGAGAGCGAUCUCAGCGGCCUCAAGGUCCUCGUCAAGGUCACCGGAAAGUGCACCACCGAUACCAUCUCGGCCGCGGGCCCCUGGCUCAAGUACAAGGGUCACCUGCCCAACAUCAGCACAAACACGCUCAACACGGCCGUGAACAAGGAGACGGGCGAGGUCAACGCCGCCUACGACGUCGACGGCUCCAAGCACACUAUCCCCGAGCUCGCGCAGCUGUGGAAGGAGCGCGGACAGGAGUGGCUCGUCGUCGCGGAGCACAACUACGGCGAGGGCAGCGCCCGCGAGCACGCCGCCCUGCAGCCGCGGUACCUCGGCGCUCGCGUCGUGCUGACAAAGUCGUUUGCGCGCAUCCACGAGACCAACCUGAAGAAGCAGGGCGUCGUGCCCCUGACAUUUGAGAACGAGGCCGACUACGACAAGAUUGCGGCGUGCGACGAGGUCAGCACCGUCGGUCUGUACGAGAUGCUCCAGAACGGCGGGCAAGGCAAAGUGCAGCUGCUCGUCAAGAAGAAGGACGGCUCCGAGGUGUUGAUCCCCACCGCCCACGCUGUUACCAAGGACCAGGCUGGAUUCAUCCUCGCGGGUAGCGCUCUGAGCAUGCUUGCCAAGCGUAACCAGGCCUAAGAGUACGUUUUUUUUUGUUUUCCUUGCGGGGGCUUUCUGUUCUCUGUCUUUUUUUCUUGUAUGGGUCUUGCGGUUUUUUACAAAAGGCGAAAAGAGGUGAAGACAAAAAUUUCCGACGAUUGUAUAUAUCCCGC